CAGCAAGAAAGCAGAGAGGUGUGGGUUUUUUUUUUAAGUUUUACUGUCUGGUCCUGGUCCUGUUCCUGUUCCUGGUCCAUGCAUGGGCGGUGAGCAGCGCGUGGGGUUACAGAAAGAAAAAGAAAGAAGAGACGAUAUAUAUAUUUCGGAUUCUCUUGCCCUCCAGUCGAGUCAAGUCCCUUAUGCUGCAGACUGUACCACAAACCACUCCCUCUUCUGAAUUUCACAGUCCCAGCCACCUCCCUCCACACCCAAUCAUCUGAUUCUUCACUUUUUUACCUUGGUUGAAAAUUAAAAGGGAGAAUGACAAAUUUACUUCCAUCACCAAGAAGGUGAAAUUCACCGGUUUACCGGGAAUAGCGGGUGGAAAAGGGAGGUGGGGUGGGAAAGAGACCCCAAUUAGCUGGGUUUCAGAAACCGGAAAAGUAUAUGAGCGACUUUGAAGGGAGACAGCUCUUUUUGCAGAGUGGGAAAUUCAUGGCCACAUUCUCUUGCCUCCUCUUAUCUUUCUCUCUUCGGCUUCGUCUUUCUUUUGGGGGUUUAAGAAUAUAGUCAAAACCCGGAAACAAAAAAGAGUUAUCGUCUUUGGUGGCGGUGGUGGUGAUUCUGCUUUCUUCUUGUUUUUUCCUGUUAUAUAAAUAACACAUAUUAUUUUGGAGAAAAUUUUAGUGGAAUGGAGUUCGAGGAUCAAGAGGAGCACGAGGAAGAGAUGGAGCUGGCUGGCGCGAGCUACGACUCGCUGGGAAACUCGGGUCGCAUAAAAAUGCAGAGUUCGGGCGGUGGAGGAGUAGGCGGGCCCGAAUUAGCCGUUGCACAGCAGCAGAAGGGGAGACCGAGGUACCGGGAGUGCCUGAAGAAUCAUGCCGUCGGCAUCGGAGGGCACGCGGUCGACGGCUGCUGCGAAUUUAUGCCUGCCGGAGUGGAAGGAACGCUUGAUGCCCUCAAAUGCGCCGCCUGCAACUGCCACCGCAACUUCCACCGCAAGGAGACCGAUGGACACCCCAGUGCCUCUGUCGGUGUUGCUGACCCGUACCUGCAGGUCCCACACCACCCUCAAUUCUCUCCAUACUAUCGGACCCCGUCGGGGUACCUCCACUUAGCUCCGCAGCAGCACAGGCCGCUGGCGCUGCCGUCGAUUUCAGGAGGUCAUAGCAGGGAAGACCAGGAGGAGGACGUGUCAAAUCCAAGUGGGGGAUUAGGUGGGUCGUUGUCGAAGAAGAGGUUUAGGACCAAGUUCACACAGGAGCAAAAGGACAAGAUGCUGGGGCUGGCGGAGAGUCUGGGGUGGAGGAUUCAGAAGCACGACGAGGCCGUGGUGCAGGAGUUCUGUAACGAGACCGGGGUCAAGCGCCACGUUCUCAAGGUGUGGAUGCACAAUAACAAGCACACACUUGACAGUUGGAAGCCAGCUCUCUCUCUGCCACAAACGUGUGCCAACCUGCAUUUUCCGUUACACAUUCCGUUCUACGUGUACUCGAGUACUUUGGCCAACUUUAAAUGAUCAUGGAAGAAGCAAAGGUUGAUCACUGUCUCUCAUCAGAGACCUCCCUACCUGAUGUUUGAUCAUUGAUGGGGUCACCUUGGGAAGGAAGAGCUGAUAGUAUGUUUCAAAGGGAACAUGUGGGCACUUCAGCAGCAGGAAAGUUUCUUAUAAAAUAUACCAGAGGGGCACACAUGCAGACAAUGCUUUUAUGAUCUGUGACUCUUCAAACACUAUACCAUACUCAAAGGUUCAGCGUACGUUUGGUGUAGGAUCCGCCAAGAUCCCAAGAUUCUCUUACUAAUCUAGUUUAUCUUCUUCCAUAAGGCAUGGGUUUAUUUCAUGCUCAUCAGCACCCAUUUAAUUAAUUUGAUUUUGGUUCGGUUUCCCCAA